AUGGCACCAUACGUGCGCUGCUGGAGGCGGCUUCUUCCCCUUCAUUUGUGGACACGGAAGAGGGGAGAACCCGCCCGUCCCAGGCGUACCCUCUUAAGCACCAGCCAUCCCCUCUUCGGCCAACAACAGGCCACACUCCCAACUGCGCAGAGCAGCCGUCGGUUACUCCCCACAGAUCACCCCGUCUUUGGAACUAAGGGUUUGUUUCGUGUGGAGGAACCGUUUAAGGGUCCCAUCCGUGUCUCAGGUUUCUUUCUGGCCAUUGACCCACACAUAGCUGCCGGCCCGGGAAAACCUAUGAACCCCAAUGCUCAAAUAACAGUGAGCGACAAGGAGGGAAACAUGUCGAGAGUUCGGUAUCGCUGCUUGCUAGAAUCGAGGAGGGGGUUAAGGCUUGAGGCUCUCAUUCGUAUGCAAGUUGGAUGGAUAUCACCCAAAGUCACCUUCCGCUCUAUCCCACAUGUGAUACAUUUGGGAAAGGGGUUCGAUGUCAGUAUUCCUCUACUUAUGCACUUCACCAUGGUAUCAGUUUUGGAUGAAUGCGGGAACAAAACGGGUAGUUUUCUUUACUUGAGUGGAACGCCCCUACUGGGAUUCUCAGUUGGGUUUACACGUAUCACGCAGGGAAAGUUGAUUUUAGAUCCGUCGCGGAGCGUAAACCCGGCGGAGGAGGCGAGGCAGUUCGUUGGAGGAUGUCACGUAAGGCAGCUGGGAUUUCUCUUCCUGAAAUGUAUUGCAUACGUUCUCUGCUUGAUGGCUUGUUUUCCAACCUCCAAGCGCGUGCUCCAAUUCAUGACCUCACAACCCGGUCCCACGCCCGAGCGAAGUAAGAACCUCACUUAG